CACGCAACGCAACGAAGUUUUUUUUUUUUUUUUUUAAUUAUUAUUAAAAACUCCGUCCAAGCACCCAUUCCCAAUCGCCGGCGAAUUUACCGGAAAGUCAAUCGCAGAUCCCCGCAUGACGAUCUCAGACGAGGAAGACGAGAUUUUGGCCAAGUUCCUGGAAUCGGAGGUCCUCUCUGAAGUCUCCGAUCAAGAUCAGGAGGAGGAGGAGACAGAGGAGGCAAAGAAGGAAGAAGAUGAACCAAAAGGCAAGAGAGUUCGUUUCCAGGAAACACAAGAAGAAGAGAAGGAGCAAAAUCAGAAAAAGAAAGCUAAUAAUAAUAAUAAUAACAAGGGUGAGCAAAGGAGGAUAAAGAGUGGAGUUUUGAGCAAGAUCCCUCCUGAGCUCUUUCCACACAUCCUCAAAUUCCUUUCCUCUGAGGAUCUCAUAGCUUGCUCUCUAGUUUGUAGAUUUCUGAAUUUCGCAGCCUCUGAUGAGUCCUUAUGGCGUCGCCUGUAUUGCAUGCGAUGGGGUUUCUUGCCCCCUGCUACAAAGUUAUGCGAGAAUGCUUGGAAGAAGCUGUACAUUCAGCGUGAUGAAGAGGACAUGGUUAAGCUUGUUAGGAACUGCCCACCGGAGUUUAAAGAAUAUUAUGUUCAAAUGAAUGCAGCAAAGAGAAGUCAAACACCUCUUCCUUCACAGGUGAAGGAUGACCGCAUAAUUCUUGACAAGACCAUUGCUGAUCAGGUGUCUACAUGGAAAAGCCGCAGAGGCCUGACUGAUAAGGUGGUCACUGACCAUGCUUGUUCAGGAGAAACUUGUUCUUAUUUCAAGCUUGGAGAUGUAUUUGUUUGUGAGAAAACUGGAAAUGUUCAUGUGUGUGAUGAUACAUGCAGAGAAGUCAUUAUGGACCCUACAAAUGAGCUUUUGGUCUGUACAAUAUCUGGGCAUUGCUUUGAUAGGUGGCUCUUGCCAUCUGAAAUGGAACCUGAUCCUGACCAGCAACAAGGCGGCUUGACUGAUGAAGCAGAGCCAUUCAUGGGAUCUGGUCGUUUUGCACGAGCUUAUCUGCUGGGAUAUAACUGUGAUGAUGAUAAGGAGCUAGAAGCUGCUUUGAGGUUUUGCUGAUCCUAAUCUUUGAUCUCUGUGAGGUGGAUGGAUCAGCUGAAUGUAUGGAAAUGGCAGUGGAUGUCAUCAGUUGAACAUAUGAAUACUUAAGAUUUGCUUAUCCAACAGUUGCAUGUAUGUAGAAGUUCUAUCCUUUGAUUCAAAGGGAGAGUUUGUUCCUUAA